GAGGCACACCUACUUGUGCCUUUUUAUAGGACUCUCUUACCAGUUUAUUUCCAUCAUUUUAUCUGUUUGAGUGUGAUUGAACACAAAUCUACCCGUUCUCCCAAGUCUCACGCUCAGAUUUCAUAAUAAACAGGAUGACUUCUCAUCAGCCCAAGCCCUUUGUCAUGGCACCCAUGUCCAACCAGUGGAGCUCUGGAAUCUGUGACUGCUGUCAGAAUGUACCAGAGUGUUGCUUCUCAUUUUGGUGCUUUCCCUGUUUUGCCUGUGCGACGGCUCGUAAGCACGGUGAGUGUCUGUGUCUGCCUUUGCUCGACAGCUUUGGAUGCAUUCCUCCAAUAACAAUGGCCAUGCGGGUAUCAGUGCGCAAUCGCUAUGGAAUCAAGGGAACUAUCUUUAAUGAUUGCCUUUAUUCCACCUUCUGUGGUAUCUGCACUUGGUGUCAGAUGUCUCGAGAAAUGAACGUCCGUGAAUAAAAUGACAACCUCGUCCACAAUCAAGCAAAAUAAAGGCAACUGGCAACCAACAACUUCCUUGUUCCUCAGUAUUCUGUACUAGGUACAAAGUAUGUCACCUGGUUGUUCUCGGUAACAUUAGAUGUGCACCAUUGUUUUUGUUCCGUUCAAUAAA